AUGGACGAUCUCGCCAACCUCGAAUACCUGGCCCUGGUCGCCAAAGUGACGGACGAGAUACGGAACCAUGUCGGCGUGGAUGACAAGACGCUCGCCGAAUUCAUAAUCGAUCAACAUGCAAACGCGAAAGGCCUCGACGACUUCGAGACGCAGCUCAAGGAGAUUGGCGCAGAGUUUCCCACCUCGCUCAUCAAGAGCAUCGAUCGUUUGAUCCUCACAUUACACCCGAAAUACAAGAACAAGGGUGGCGCAAAUGGCAAGGAAGCUACCCAAGAUGGCGGAGACGAGACAGACCGCAAGACGCGCGUGUUCAAGGGCCUGGCAAUUCCGGACAAGGAGGUGGAAUUCGGGGCAGAAAGCGGCGGGGAGGAGAAUGGGAAGGCGCAACUAGAUGCACUCGACGAUACCUUCGCCAUGCUAGAAGGUCUGGCCGGACCUACAGCUGGUGGAGGGCGAAGGGACAGGUCCGCGCGCAAGAGGAGCAUGAGCCCACGCGAUGACGAGGACCGCGACAGAGGGAGGAACAAGCGGUACAGGCGGUCACGGUCACGGCCACGAUCGACUUCAAGGAGCCCUAGGCGACGUCACGAUGAUCGUCAUGAUGAACUGAUUUUCCAAGACGAGUUUGGACGCGACCGCACCGUAAGACGACAAGACAAGGCACGCUCGCGGAGAAAAUAUCGCGACGAAGAUAUAGACGAGUUCCGCCGACCGCCCACGCCGGAGCUUGACGACGAGCCUGUCCUGCACAAGGUAUAUACUGGCAAGGUGACAGGACUCAAACCGUUUGGUGCCUUCGUCAACCUGCAAGGAGUGCGAGGCAAGGUUGACGGGUUGGUGCACGUUUCACAGAUCCAGGAUGGUGCGCGUGUGAAUGACCCAGCCGAUCUCUUGUCGCGAGGGCAAGAGGUCAAGGUCAAGGUGAUUAAGAUGGAAGGCGGACGCUUAAGCCUUUCAAUGAAAGAAUGUGAUCAGCGGACAGGCCGAGACCUCGCUCCGGCUCAACGUAUAGGAACUGGUGCCAAUAUGUCUGCACUCGGGGGAGGAGCUGGCGACCCUGUUGCUGUCAUUGAGGAUAGCUUUAACAGUCGAAAAAACGGCAUGCGCAAGCGAAUGACAUCGCCUGAAAGGUGGGAAAUAAAACAGCUGAUAGCCUCCGGUAUCAUCCCUAGGUCGGACUAUCCAGAUAUUGACGAAGACUAUAACGCACAUGUCAACGGCGAGGGCGGUUUUGAAGAGGAAGAGGACGUGGACAUUGAACUUACGAACGAGGAGCCCAAGUUUUUAGAGGGUCAGACUGCAAGGGCGUUAGAACUGUCGCCAAUCCGUGUCGUCAAAGCCCCCGACGGAUCUUUAAACAGGGCUGCAAUGCAGGGUGACACUCUUGCACGCGAACGUCGUGAUCUACGACAACAAGAAGCUCAAGAGAAGGCUGCAAAGGAGGCUGAAAAGGUUGAUCUUAGCAGUCAGUGGAAUGACCCAAUGGCACAACAACGACAAUUUGCGAGCGAUCUACGCAAUACUCGAACAAAUCAAGCGCCCGAGGCUGUACCGGAGUGGAAGAAGGUUGCACAGGGAAAGGCGUCCUUUGGUAAACGUACGGACAUGAGCAUCAAGGAUCAGCGUGAAUCUCUUCCAGUCUACAAGUUCCGGACACAACUACUUGAGGCCGUCAAGAAUAACCAAAUCCUUAUUGUCGUGGGCGAUACUGGCAGUGGAAAAACGACGCAAAUGACACAGUACCUAGCUGAAGCUGGCUACGCGAAUGAGCUCAUGAUAGGCUGCACUCAGCCACGUCGUGUGGCAGCCAUGAGCGUAGCAAAGCGUGUCGCCGAAGAAGUCGGCUGCCAACUGGGCAACGAAGUGGGCUACACGAUUCGGUUCGAAGACAAGACCGGCCCGGAUACACGCAUCAAGUACAUGACUGAUGGUAUCCUCCAAAGAGAGAUCCUUCUGGAUCCUAUGUUGAACAAGUAUUCCUGCAUCAUGCUUGACGAGGCUCACGAGAGGACAAUUGCUACGGAUGUGCUUUUCGGACUAUUGAAGAAAACGUUGAAGCGGAGACCGGAUAUGAAGAUCAUCGUGACCUCUGCCACGCUCGACGCAGAUAAAUUCAGCAGUUAUUUCAUGGAGGCACCAAUCUUCAGUAUUCCCGGUAGAACCUUUCCGGUCGAGAUCAUGUAUUCCCGCGAGCCCGAGUCCGAUUACUUGGACGCCGCGUUGGUUACGACAAUGCAAAUCCACUUGACGGAGCCCGCCGGUGAUAUUCUACUUUUCCUUACGGGUAAGGAGGAGAUUGACAGCAGUUGCGAGAUUCUCAGCGAGCGAAUGAAAGCCUUGGGUCCGAACGUCCCUGAACUGAUGAUUUUACCAAUCUACUCGGCGCUGCCAGGAGAGACUGCGAGUCGCAUUUUCGAGCCUGCGCCGCCAGGAACUCGAAAAGUGGUCAUUGCUACCAACAUUGCCGAGACGAGUUUGACUAUCGAUGGAAUCUACUAUGUCAUUGAUCCCGGCUUCGUAAAGCAGUCGAGCUACGACAGCAAGCUUGGCAUGGAUCGACUCCAGAUCACACCCAUUUCACAGGCGCAAGCGCGACAGCGGAGUGGACGUGCUGGUCGAACGGGUCCUGGUAAAUGCUUCAGGCUCUACACCGAAGCAGCUUUCCAGAAUGAGAUGCUUCCGACCACCAUACCUGAGAUUCAGCGUCAGAAUCUUAGCAACACGAUUUUGAUGCUGAAAGCCAUGGGCAUCAACGACCUCCUCCAUUUCGAUUUCAUGGACCCACCGCCCACCAAUACGAUGCUUGGUGCUUUAGAAGAGCUCUACUGCCUUGGUGCACUAGAUGACGAAGGCCUCCUCACGCGUCUCGGCCGCCAAAUGGCAGACUUCCCUAUGGAUCCCUCGCUCUCGAAGGCUCUCCUCACCAGUGUUCAGAUGCAGUGUUCCGACGAAGUGCUCACCAUCGUUUCCAUGAUAUCCGCCACACAAAACAUCUUCCAUCGCCCACGGGAAAAGCAACAGCAAGCGGACCAGAAGAAGGCCAAGUUCAACGACCCCUCUGGCGACCACAUUACGCUACUCAACGUGUACAACGGAUGGAAAGCCUCAGGCUUCAGCACACCAUGGUGUUUCGAGAAUUUCAUUCAGCCGAGGAAUAUGCAGAGGGUCAAAGACGUCCGCCAGCAACUUCUCCAGCUCAUGGCGCGGCACAAGCACAACCUCACUUCUUGCGGCCGCAACACGCAGAAAGUCCGACAAGCCCUCUGCUCAGGCUUUUUCCGUAACAGCGCACGCAAGGACCCGUCGGAAGGCUACAAAACGCUCGUCGAGGGCACACCUGUGUUCUUGCAUCCGUCGUCGGCGCUCUUCGGCAAGCCCUCGGAACACGUCAUUUAUCAAAGCUUGGUCGAGACAACGAAGGAGUACAUGCAUUGCGUCAGUGCCAUCGAGCCGAAGUGGCUGGUUGAGGCGGCGCCGACGUUCUUCAAGGUUGCGCCGACGGACAAGCUGAGUCAGAGAAAGAGGGCGGAGAGGAUUCAGCCGCUGCAUAAUAAGUUUGCGGGAGAGGACGAUUGGAGAUUGAGUGCGCAGAAGAGGCAGGGUAGGGGGGGAGGUGGUACUUGGGGUUAG